AUGGCGGUCACUACACUGGAGAGAUUCACAUGUUUUCCCAAACUACCUCUCGAGCUCCAGAUGAUCGUCUGGUCCUUUUAUCCCUAUGUUGAUAGACAGAUCAUUAAUAUCACAGAGGCACCGGAAGCAGUUUACGGUAUAGGUCCAUACACCAACCGCUCUAAAACAGGAGAUAAAUUGAAUCCACUUGCAGUGGACUUCCCAAACGCAAUGUUUAUCAGUGUGAAGUACAUCGUCCCCUCACCUUUGCAAAUUUGCCAACAGUCCAGAAAGGUGGCUCUUCAGCAUUACCGACGAGUCAUUGCUACAUAUGGCGAUACCAAGGAGGGUCCAGCGCCUUUCUACAUUAACUCAUAUCAGGAUUCUAUUCUAUUCGAGGACACACUGGCCAUUUCACCACACUCCCACCUUCCAACGAUUUCUUUUUGGAUGUUUAAUGGAAGAACUCUUUCAACUCCCGACGGUGAAAACAUCUGCACUUCAGUGGCCACUCGUUGGGCUGGGAGCGAACCUCCAAAUGUGGAUCAUCUUCUGUAUACGUUAUCCAGAUUUCCAGAAGUUAAACAAUUAUACUUUCUUGAUUGCCCUUCUGGACCCUUCCCUGUGUCACGUUGGUCGAACUGUAACAUACAGUGGAUGAGCAGGGAUAAAAUCAAGGAGCUUGUCAAGCAAUGGAUAGAAAUUUUAUUGGAUUUCACGAAAGAUGGAACGCUUUCUGAUUGUGCACCAGACUCAAUAGAUUUAAAGAAACGAAAGGGCAUCUUCCGGAGCAGUUGGGCGUUGCCACUAAUAAGCUGCAUUACCACCGAAGAAUUCUUUUCUCUCAGAAACACGGAGGCUGAAUGA